AUGGAGCCCAUUAGCCUUCUGCCUGAUACAUUCUUUUGCGCAUUUUUACUCUCGAUUUCCUUGAACUUUUGGUUCUUGUUUGGAAAAGUCGUACCGUCAUCCAAAUCCGGGAUCUUUACCACCCCAUCACUUGCUUUAGUCACGAAUAAUGAAGCAACAAAGCGACGAGCGCUCCCUAAAGGAUGGUGGACUGAUGACUCGCGUUUCCAGCUCGAACGACGAGCCAUUUUUAGCAAGACUUGGAUCUGCGUAAGCCACCGCGGUCGCUUCGUGAACCCCGGAGACUAUGUCUCGUAUGAGCUCGCUGGCUUCAAAUUCUUCCUCAUUCUGGGAAAAGACCAAAUUGUGCGAACAUUCCACAAUGUUUGUCGCCACAGGGCAUUCCCUGUGACCAGCAAACCAGCCGGAUCAUCGACAGUCCUAGGAUGCAAGUAUCAUGGAUGGAGCUAUGACACGAUAGGCCGACUUACAAAGGCGCCACAUUUUGAAAAGGUCCCUGACUUUGACAAAGAACAACACAGUCUUUUCGAGAUUCACACAAAGGUGGACAACUAUGGUUUCGUCCAUAUUAACUUGAGUGCCAUCGAAGGAGCAGGCGAUACCGAGUUCAUCGCCGCGAAGAAGAUCGGAAGACCCACUGGGAUCCGCCAAGAUUCGCAACUCGUCCACAGUUUGGAAUUUAAAGGGAAAUUCAAUUGGAAGGUUGCAGUCAGCGAAACCAGCAAGAACGGCGACAUGAUCCCAAAUGGGCUUGCUAGGGAUCACUCUAGCAAAGCUUUUGGUACCUUGUUCACUUUUGGCAUGAGGUUCACGGGCCAGCUACACUACUUUCCACUUACUGCAGUGUACACGAAGGCUGGUAGUCCGUUCUGGUACCAGUUCACAUUCUCUCCAGAGUCUACACAAUUGACAACACUACGGUGCGAUGUUUACUCAACCAAACACUCAAAUUCUUCCAAGUUUGAGGGCAUCUUGAAAGAAAAUCUCCAAAGCCUCGUCACAUCCAAGGUUCAAGAAUACGAAAGAGUAUAUACAAAGCUCAGAAGCUCUGACAACAACUUUAGCGAUGACAGCUAUGAUGAAGCGAGAAUCGUUGAUAUUGUGGAAGCCCAUCUACAGGAGGAGAAAAUAGCGGGAAGAGAUAUUAAACCAGCUACAGUGCAGCAGUGUAAGAGCGCAGCGUUUACUCAAGCGGAAGGAAUAUGCCAGGCAAUGGAGGACAAACUGGCUUGGUGA